GCAUGCCCCGAUGGGGGUGUGGCUUGGCCUGCUACACUCCUACAGUGGCCUUGCCGGCAGCCGCCGGUUUCGGGCAUUUCGGCGGGGAACGGCUGCUACCCGCAUGGAAGGGACAUCCGGCCUGACCGGAGGACUUGGGACGGAGACAAGGGACCGGCCGAGGCGGGCGACUGAGGUGUCCAGAGCGUAGGCGAGGCUCAGGUGCAGCUCUCCGAGAGAGACAGAGAGAGUGAGAGAAAGAGAGGGCGGCCUGGCCGGGGCGCGCGUGGGACGUCCGCUCCGUGGAAAAUGCGCUCCUCCCGGCACUGCCGGGCCCAGGAGACGUGAGCCAGCACGAACUGUGGCUCCAUCUUCCUUCCCUAGAACCAAGAAUCCAAAGUUUCCGCGGCGGCCGGGCGCGGCGGGCGAGGGCUCGCCAGCUGUCGUCUCCUCUGCUUCCGAGCUGGGAGACGCUCACUCUCCGUGGGCGGCUCUUCUGAAGUCAAGGUCCUUUCCUGCAGCAGGUCAGCACGUUAGUGUGCCUCACAUGCCCAUGUAAGGAAACAGAAUCGAGACUUCGGCCAACCCAGGUUUCCAAAUUUGGACUUGUAGUGAUCCCCAGACUGAAACUUCUCUGUCAUUGGAGGUGUUGCCUGUAGAACGGUCUCCCUUGCAUUUGUAGUUACGUGAUGUGGAGACUGGACUCCCAAACAAAGUAACUGCCUUUCUGUAGGCUGGAGCUUAAAGCAGAAAAUUUGAAAUUGGCAAACUCUUCUGGCCUCAGAAAUGAUAGAGUCUUGACGAGGAAUUUUGAUUAUACCGUUAUCUUAACAACCACGUGGGAUGAUGUUUUUGCAUGAGAGAGUUAAUGGUCAUUGCCAGUAACAAAUACAGCCUUCUGAUAACUUGAGAUUUUGGUUAAAAAAAAAAAGAGAGAGACAGAUUUUGGUAGAAAUGAUAUAAUUGAAUAUUAGAACAAAGCAAGUAUCUACAGAAAAAUUUUAAACGUAAUAAUAUUAACGACAAUAUAAAGAGAAAGGUCUAGUGUAGUCAUUUGAACUUUUGGUCAGUUGAAAAAUUAAGCAAAAUUUUUAUUUUGAAAUGAAAAUAAAUUGCUACACUUCCAAGCGCUGGGCUACUAACCCAAAGGCUGGCAGUUGGAGACACCUGGAGGUGCCUCAGAAGAAAGGCCUGGCAAUCUAAUUCUGAAAAAUCAGCCAUUGAAAACCCUAUGGAGCGCAGUUCCACUCUGACUCUCAUGGGGUUGUCAUGAGUCAGAAUCAACAAGACAGCAACUGGUUAACUGGUUAUAUAAUUUUUCUUUGGUUCAUGGCCUUUUAAUGCCCCCAAGAUCACUCUGAGCUUGCUGUCAUUAUGUGGCACUUAAUUGUAAAAAUAAGAUAUAAAUGAUUUGGCUUUGUACCCUGGUGAUUUCUAUGUAAUUAAAUUAUUUGCUUGUUUGUUUUUUGUUACAAUUUUUUCAUUCCCCUAGAAGUGAGAAAUUUAUUCAAGUGUUUGAAAUUGAAAGUUGAAUUCGCUGUUUUCUAGUUAGUUUUUAAAGAAGCCUGUGGCCACUGUUAAUUAAACACGAAUAUAUUCUUUAGUGCAUAGAGUUGUAAUAAACACCUUCAGCUUUAAAAAAAAAAAAAAAGCCAUCAAAUACGUUCCUUAGAAAUUGUUUUACAGCCUACGCACAUAAAAAAAGAGCUCGCAAGCCAGACAUUGGAGGAGAUGUCAGAAGAUUCAGAAAAUGAAAACUAUUCAGACAGAACAAUCAGCGAUGAAGAUGAGUCGGAUGAGGAUGAGGAUAACUUCAUGAAAUUUGUGCGGGAAGAUAUCCGUCGGUGUGCACUUUUAACAGCUGGCUCUAUUGGCGAUCCAUUUUUCCCCCGGACUACACAGAUACUAUUAGAAUAUCAGCUAGGGAGAUGGGUGCCACGUCUUCGUGAACCGCGGGACCUCUAUGGAGUCUCUUCUUCUGGCCCACUGAGCCCGACACGGUGGCCAUACCACUGUGAGGUCAUUGAUGAAAAAGUCCAGCAUAUUGACUGGACUCCUCCUUAUCCUGAGCCAGUAUACACCCCCACAGGCCUGGAGACAGAACCGCUUUAUCUAAACUCCAAGGAUGACGUGGUUUAUCUAGCUGAAGAUGCUUACAAAGAGCCCUGUUUUGUGUAUUCCCGAGUUGGGGGCAACCGAACAUCCCUGAAGCAGCCCAUGGAUAACUGUGACAACACUUUGAUGUUUGAAGCAAGGUUUGAGAGUGGUAAUCUACAGAAGGUAGUCAAAGUGGCAGAAUAUGAAUACCAGUUGACUGUGCGUCCUGACCUCUUCACAAAUAAGCACACCCAGUGGUACUAUUUCCAAGUCACUAAUACCCAAGCAGAAAUAGCCUACAGAUUCACGAUUGUCAACUUCACCAAGCCUGCCAGUCUUUACAACCGGGGUAUGCGCCCACUUUUCUAUUCUGAGAAAGAAGCCAAGGUUCAUAAUAUUGGCUGGAAGAGGAUAGGAGACCAAAUUAAGUAUUAUAAGAACAAUCUGGGGCAAGAUGGACGCCAUUAUUUCUCACUUACGUGGACGUUUCAAUUUCCACACAACAAAGAUACCUGCUACUUUGCUCACUGCUAUCCGUAUACUUACACCAACCUGCAAGACUACCUCUCUGGCAUCAAUAAUGACCCAGUGCGAUCAAAGUUUUGUAAAAUCCGUGUCUUGUGCCACACGCUUGCUAGAAACAUGGUGUAUGUUUUAACCAUCACCACCCCCUUGAAGAACACUGAGCUGAGAAAGCGCAAGGCUGUGAUUUUGACUGCAAGGGUGCAUCCUGGAGAAACCAACAGCUCAUGGAUCAUGAAAGGCUUCCUAGAUUAUAUUUUAGGAGGCUCCAGUGAUGCCAAGUUGCUCCGGGACACUUUUAUCUUCAAGGUGGUACCGAUGCUGAAUCCAGAUGGUGUGAUUGUGGGAAAUUAUCGGUGUUCCUUAGCUGGACGGGAUUUAAACCGUAGCUAUACGUCUGUCCUGAAGGAGUCUUUUCCUUCUGUUUGGUACACCCGGAACAUGAUCCGUAGAUUGAUGGAGAAACGAGAGGUUAUUUUAUACUGUGACCUGCAUGGCCAUAGUAGGAAGGAGAAUAUCUUCAUGUAUGGCUGUGAUGGCAGUGACAGAUCAAAAGCGUUAUACUUACAACAACGCAUCUUUCCACUUAUGCUGAGCAAAAAUUGUCCAGAUAAAUUUUCAUUCUCAGCUUGCAAGUUUAAUGUUCAGAAGAGCAAAGAGGGAACAGGGAGGGUGGUGAUGUGGAAAAUGGGAAUCAGGAACAGCUUCACCAUGGAGGCCACUUUUUGUGGCUCUACUCUAGGUAACAAACGAGGCACUCAUUUCAACACAAAAGACUUGGAGUCAAUGGGAUAUCAUUUUUGCGAUUCUCUCUUGGACUACUGUGAUCCCGACCGGGCCAAGUAUUUUCAAUGCCUGAAAGAAUUAGAGGAAAUGGAGAAGCGUAUUAACUUAGAGAAAAUCUUUGAUGAUUCAGACACAUCUCUGGUAGAAAUUACAUUGGAUCUAGAGUCUAGUAGCCGAGGCUCUGACAGUUCUGAAUCCAAUGACUCUCAGCCUUAUCUUCUCAAGUUAACUUCUCAGCAGCACUAGAUGACCAAGACAGCAGAGAAGAAGCCUAUGUGACAAUGGAGGAAAAGAUUGGAGUGAUGCGGUUACAAACUGAGGACAUCAAGGAUUACCGGCAACCACCAGAAGCUAAAAAGGAGAAUGGAGCCUUCUGAGGGAGCAUGACCCUGCCAAUACCUUGAUUUCAAACCUCUAGCCUCAGGAAUGUGAGAGAUCAAAUUUAUGUUAUUUUACCCAGUUUGUGAUAAUUCAUUACAGCUGCCCUAGGAAACGAAUACAGUUCCCCAUUCAGCCUUGGUUGGCAUGGGUGGGGCCACAGUUUUUUGGUGGUAUUUAGUUGAAGUAAAGUAGUUAUUAUCUAAAAGUGUUCUAUCCAAGCUGCCUGCUUUUUGGUCCUUGGACAGAGAAAAGAAGCUUUUGUUGGAGUGUUUGUUUGUUUGUCUGCCUGCACUCAUUGGUAUUUAUGGGUUGCCAGCUUCUCCUGCGGUAAAUCUGGGGUGUAUGAGACAAAAAGAAAACCUAGGGAAUGCAUCACUGUGUCACUCCUCUGAUCCUAAAGUUUCUAGUCAGUCUGCCUUCUUCUUUCCACCUUUCAGAGUCUUUUAUAUUACUUUAUUAUGUGAUGUCCAGAAUUUUUAGUUGUAUUUAGACAGAAUAGGGAAAAUUACUUAUCCUCUGUUCAAACAAAAAUCAUAUUAAGCCAAAAAUAGAAAUUGAUUGAAGUAUUUUUAAUAUGUGAUUUGCAAAUCCAGGUAACAUUUCAACUAGGGAGUCAAAAAUGUCCUGAAGUUGAGAGACCCUCCAAUGAUUCUUAUACCCUAUCUUAUCAACAUUGCUAUGGAAAUGGGGCCAGAACAGUGCUUUCACAAUAACAAUUUACCCUAAACACUUAGUUUCUAGUCUGACCUUGGAACUUCUGUUUCUUGAGACUGACUGCGCAUAGGUAAUUCUUCAAAAGAGCACAAUGCCUGAGGCAAAACACUCUAGACUAUUGUUUGACUAAAAGGUAAGGUAACUUUUAGGAAACUAGUUUCCUCAAGGCCAAAGGCUCAAAGAUCGUCUCAAGUCCGUGGCUUGGGUAGGUCACCCCAGCCUCCAUGGAGCUCAGAAGUUUGGAUUCCAGGAGAAGUAAACUCCAUUCCACACUUCCUAGAAAUGGAAGUUCCAAGGUAGUUUUAAGUCUGUGUAUAUACUUGUUUUGAUGUUUUGAUUAAAUAAUGAUUUUAUAUCUGGUUCUUCUAUCUAGCUAAAAACCAAAAAACAUCUGAAAACAAAGAAGGAAAGAAAUUCUACUAUAGAAAUCCAUGAAAAUGCCAGAGAAGAACAAGAGGUAAAUCUUAUUGAUCAUUGUUAACAAUUACUGAAAAAAAUGAUUGCAGAGAAUGAUAAGUUAUUUCCUCUUACCUUCUCUUACCUUGUUUUUCCCCAGGAAGAGUUAAUGGUUAAAAUUUGGUCAUUCUUAUUUACUGUUUAUAAAACUACAAAAUUACCUUGAGUUCAGCUCCUAAACACAAGGGUGUCACUUCUCAGAGAGAAGAGCCUCACUGUCCCUACCCCCAGCUCCAGGACCCUGGCUCAGAGAUUUUGCCUUGGGAUAGGGAGGAAGCAGACCAUAAAACAGGUAGCUCCUAAUCUCUUCCCAAAGGAUACAGCCCACUUGCAACAGGACGUGGAGAGCUCAAAUCCAAGGGUCCUCUCAGAAACAGUGGCUGUUGUGAUGAGAAACAACUGGGAGGAGAUUGGUUGAUUUAUCGAAGAUGUAGGCUAAACUGUAGGCCGGUUAGUUUGCCAGAGAAAACAAGAGACAGCUGGAAGGAUCCCAUCUGGGGUCAGAAUAAAUCAUAACACUAACCUCUGGAACUAUCUUUUCAAAUGAGCAUUAAUUUCAUUGAAUUGGCCUAUACAGCAAUUUAUGCCCCAGGGCAUUGUUGAAAACAACUGAUCAAUUAGCAGAACUUAAUAGCUGGCUCUACGUCAUCUUACGUUUUCACUAACAAUGUAUGAGGGAUCCUGUUUCUGCUCAUCUUCAACGUUUGUUGUAUCACCGUUCACAACAGGACAAAACACUGCCGGGUCCUGCACCAUCCCCACAAUCGUUGCUUUUGGACCCCGUUGUUGCAGCCACCGUGUCAGUCCAUCUCAUUCAGGGUCCUCCUCUUUUUCACUUACCCUCUAUUUUAUCAAGCAUAAUCUCCUCCAGGGACUGAACCCUCCUGAUAACAUGUUCAAAGUACAUGAGAAGAAGUCUCGCCAUCCUCGCUUCUAAGGAGCAUUCUGGCUGUACUUCUUCCAAGACAGACUUGUUCCUUCUUUUGGCAGUCCAUGGUAUAUUGAAUAUUUUUCACCAACACCAUAAUUCAAAGGCAUCAAUUCCUCUUUGGUCUUCCUUAUUCAUUGCCCAGCUUUCCCAUGUGUAUGUGGUGACUGAAAACACCAUAACUUGGAACAGGUGUUCUUAGUCCUUGAAGUGACAUCUUCGCCUUUUAACACUUUGAAGAGGUCUUUUGCAGCAGAUUUGCCCAAUGCAAUGCGCCUUUUGAUUUCUUGACUGCUGCUUCCAUGGCUGUUGAUUGUGGAUAUAAGUAAAAUGAAAUCCUUGAUGACCUCAAUCUUUUCUCUGUUUAUCAUGAUGUUGCUUAUUGGUCCAGUUGUGAGGAUUUUUGUUUUCUUUAUGUUGAGGUGUAAUCCAUACUGAAGGCAGUGGUCUUCGAUCUUCAUCAGUAAGUGCUUCAAGUCCUCCUCAUUUUCAGCAAGCAAGGCUGUGUCAUCUGCAUAAUGCAGGUUGUUAAUGAGUCUUCCUCUAAUUCUGAUGCCAUGUUCUUCUUCAUAUAGUCCAGCUUCUUUUUUAUACAGACUGAAUAAGCGUGGUGAAAGGACACGACCCUGAUGCACAC